GAGAUGUAGUAAUCGCCCUCAAGAGAAGACGCACAGGAGAGAAAGAGCAAAGGACCAGGCAUGUUCUACCAGUGGAGUGCAUCAUAUGCAAGAAGAGCAAAUGGAUCCAGCAGCCAUAUGGACCGCGGAAAAAAGAGCCACUCACAAACUGUGAAUAUGAAAAAGGUGGACAACUUCUCAAGGCUGCUGAACUACUCAAUGAUGAAUCCAUCCUUCUUGAUAUUUAAGGUCAAGACAUGGUGGAAAUCGAAGUCCGGUAUCACAGAUCAUGCCACAAUAAUUACAUCAAGGUUUUGCAAGCAAGUGAUUGGCGGUCAAGCAGAGAAUCUGAAAAGGAGAGUGAAUCCCAAGAAUACAAGACAUUCUGUAGCAAAUACAUCGAAGAAAAAAAUCAUCUCUGAGGGGAGCGUCAUGAGAAUGACGAAGCUUCUGCACCUGUUAAGUCAAAUGUCUGAAGAAGCUGGAGUACCACCAUUAUUAAUUAAUUACCACAAAAUAAAACCUUUCCAAAUAGGACAUUGUUGAAAUCAAAUACUCUAUUUCAGGUAAAUGACAUAAUUCGGUAAUCUGCAAAUAAGUCUUUGAACUUCAUAUGUUAUGGAAAACUCGGUGAUAUCUUGAAAA